AGGGGGCGUGGUGUUCUCUGCCUCUCAUCUUGCCCUCCCAGCUGAGGGGAGGAACAAGGCGCUUCCCGGCAUGCAGCGCGCAGGGGGCGCGGCGUUCUCUGCCUCUCACCCGCCCACCCAGCAGAGGGGAGGAGCGAGACGCCUCCCGGCAUGCAGCGCGCAGGGGGGCGUGGCUCUCUGGGGCUGCCUCACCUGCCCAGUCGAGGGGCGCCGCAGUUCGGAGGAGGAUGCAGCGCCUGCAGGUGGUUAUCGGGCACCUGGCCGGGGCCGGGGGCGGCCGGCCUGCCUCGUUGCGGCCCAGCCCUUGCCUGGGCUUCUCUGGGGCCGCCCUCUCGACGGCGGCUGCCCCGGAGGAUGUGGUGGUGGUCCACGGGCGGAGGACGCCUAUCGCCAAGGCCAAGAGGGGCGGCUUCAAGGUAGUGGAAGCGAGCAGGUGUUGGGGGGGGAGAGGGAGGCGCAGGUGGAGGCGGCUGAGGCAAUGCUGCGAUGCUUUCAAGUUCUCUGCAUUUUCAAAACCUAUUUUUCCUUUUUAAAUCGUUAAUGAACAGUUCAGUUCAUUAAUUAAUAUCAUUAGUUCAAAAACCAUUCCCUUUUUAUGAGCUUUUAGGGGGGUUUUUUGCCUUUUAUCUUAGAAGCAUAAAAUAGAGGUGGUAGGGUCAUCUAGUACAACCCCCUGCAAUGCAGGAACCUCAACUAGAUCCGACGUGAUAGGCGUAAACUACUUUUUGUGGCUGGGAAAAGGAGAUUGGGAGGGGUGUGUGGAAAAAAGAGAAAUAGAAUUGUAGAGGUAGAAGGGGCCACGAGGGUCAUUUAGUCCAACCCUUUUUUCUCCAGUGUGGGGCUCGAACCCACAGCCCUAAGGUUAAGAGUUUCACAUUCUUAUUCUUAAUGACUGAGCUAUCCCAGCAAAAAUGAACUAACUCCCAGAGCAAACACAGUGUCCGAAGUGGUUCCUUGACUGGCUUUCUCUUUACUAAGCUACCCAACAGAUUACAGAUUAAUUUGUUGCAAGCCACCUUGAGGCCUGGUUCAGGGGUGCAGGUGGUGGUGGAAGGUGGGAUAUAAGUAAACAUUUGACAGAUUUAGUGUACUUAUAUGCUGCUUUUCCGCAACGAACUAUGCCCAAACAACAGAAUACAGCUCAUUGGAAAUACAAUUGUGCAAAAUACAUGACAUGCCAGUAAACUCAAAAGUGGCAAAAAUUAGCAAUUUGGCAGAUGCCGAAUGAAUUCAGUGCUACGAAAAGUAAUUUUUAAAAAGAAUAAAGGUUUAAGUACAUAGUUACAUAGCAAAGCCCUUAGUGUGGGAAACACGCAAGAGAACAGUUUUCUGUUUCUUCCCCAUCUAGGAAACUACACCUGAUGAGCUUCUUGCUGCGGUCAUGACAGCUGUCCUUAAAGACCUAAAUCUAAGCCCUGAGAAGCUGGGAGAUAUCUGUGUAGGUGAGUAAUUUAUUUUGAAGUUGCAUCGCUGUACAUAUUUCUGUUUCUGCCCCAGUUGUAACUGUAAAUUUGCUAACCUUGUGCUAUGGAAUGAUUGAGACUUCCUGUCUGGGAAAUGGGCUGUCAUCUUCUUAUUAAAUGCUGAAUUGCGCCUUCUUAAAAAAUAAAUCUGGAGAUGGCAUUUAAACUGCAGAUAACAAAUGCAGAUUAAUCUCUUUGCACCUAGGAAAUGUUCUUCAACCUGGAGCUGGAGCUUUAGUGGCGAGGAUUGGACAAUUUCUAAGGUGAACUUCGCUAUUUAACACUCUUGAUACCAGAUAAGAAACAGGAUAGAGAUUGGGGCUGCCAGCUUUGGCUAAUGUUUGAGUGCGCAGAAGGAGUAUUGCUGGUUUGUCCUACUUUUGUGAACUUUGUCAUGCGUUGUGGGGCAGAUAGGAGGUGUGGUGAUAACUAUCUCAGGUUCUCCACACACCAAGAGGAAAAUAGCAAGGCAGGGGAGGAGGAAUACUGGAUGAGAUGAAACUUGAUAGUCACUCCACUGGCUAAGGAACAAGUGUUAGUAACUUAAGUAAUUCCAAGCUGGCUUGAAAGAGGCCAAGGAAAAGUGGUGUAAUGGUUUAGGGAUGUGCUGUUGUCUGUUUUGCCACACACCCCCACCACCACAGGUGAGGCCUUUGUUGUGUACUUCACCUGUCUUUAAGAGGUUGGGCUAUGAAACUGAGGUUGUACUUUAGAAAGAUACGAGCAAAUGGCUUUUCACUUACUCAACACAUCACUAGAAUAAAAGAAUUGUGCAUGUGUGCAGAAAGGCGUUUGGUAAUAUUUUGGAAAAUACUUUGCAAAUUGGUUCAGUCAGGACAUGGUGAGUAAGUCAGAAUCACAUUCUGCAAGCUGGUUUGCUAUGCUUCCCCACCUCCCGAAGGCAGUUUGUGGUGGAUCAGUGCUCUUCACUUUCUAGGGGCUUUUGAGUCUUUCAGCUGUAGCAGUUUGAGAAAGAGCUCAGCAGCAGACCAUGUGCAUUGCAUGCCAAAGGUUCAGUCCUACACAUCUCUAGAUAGGGCUGGAAAAGACACCUGUCACCCUGAAAAUCUGCUGCCCAUCAGAUGUGGGGAGCAUUUGGCCCUCCAGGUGUCACACAUGAAUGCCAGCAAGCAUGGGUAAUGGCCAGGGAUGGUGGGAAUUGUAUUUCAGCAACAUCUGGAAGGCCAAAGGUUCUACACAUCUGGCAUAGACGACCCAAAGCUAGAUGGUCCAGUAGUCUGAUUUACUACGUCAGCUUUCUUGAACUAUAACGUAUAGACUGUAAUCCCCAAAACUACACCAGAUCCUUAGUCCUACUAUCUUCAUUGAGAAUAAGGAGUCUUAAGUGGCUAGAAUAGCUUAUGUAUCUUGCAUUAUCUUACUCUCAGCAUAAACAGACCCUCAAAAGAAUGACUCCAUCCCUCUAAAUUGACAUCUCUGAGAUGGGCUUCCAACUUUGUUUCUGUGCUAAUGAAUCAUCUUGCUUGUGUCUUGUUUCAGUGGCAUUCCAGAGACUGUACCAAUAUCAUGCGUUAACAGGCAGUGCUCAUCUGGGUUGCAAGCUCUGAUCAAUAUAGCUGGUAAGAAGGGAGCUGGUGACUGGGCUUGAUGGCAAAAAGCUCAUGAAAAUUCUGCAUUCAAAGUAAAUUCUGCAUUUCAGUAAUUCUGACAUAUUCCUGUUAAGCAUGGGGUAUGCCUAUUUUGUAUCUUUGAUUAAUAGUUUAAGUUUUGCAGAGUCUGGAUGUGUGGUGUAAUGUGAUUGAUGUGUAUAAAGGAAUAUAUUGAGGCUGGGAGGAGAGGCACUGGUAGCAAUACAGGAUAGAGAAGUUGUCUCCUUCCCCCACAAAUGUUUUUGCAGGCAUUGCAUGCACACUUUCAAAUACAAUUUCACAUUUAAGAACUUAAGACACCCCCCCAGAUUCUCAGGAAUGUGUAUAUUGUAGCACAUAAGGAGCUUGCCUCAAAAUUCUGCACUUGUGGCUUUUCAGAGGCCUGGUUAAUCUUAGUGCUUUUGAAAAUCCUGAUCAAAGCAAGUGUCAGCUUGGCAUGUGAAGACUUAAAUUCCUGGAGCUGAACUUCCUGUGCAGUUUGUAUAUUGACUCGUGUUGCUAGAUGGAGUUAAUAUUCCUAGACCAAUAAGUUUCUUUCCAUGAAGAUCUGGGUGUGUUCAUUAUUAUUUUUUACAUUUCUAUACUGCCCUUCAGUCUAUACUGCCCUUCACGGGGCAGUUUAGAAUACAAACACAAAAAUACAUACCAUAAAAACAAACACACACACACACACACACACACACCCGUUUAAAAGGAUAUAGAUUGUGUACUUAGCCAAAGGCCUGGGAGAAGAGGAAUGUUUUUGCCUGGUGCCUAAAGAUAUGUAAUGAAGGCAACAGAAGAGGCUCCUUGUAGUUAGUAGCUAAAGGAAUCAACUUUACUGAGAUUUGUAAAUUCUUAAUAAUAUUAAUCAGGUUGGAGAAUAAGUGAAGUGUUUUAGUUCCCAGAAUAUGUAAUCCCCUCUGUCUGUGCAAUAUUGGUGAGAGGGGUGCUCAUCAAGGUUGAUCUUAAAUUAUUGCUUGUUUUAUUUGUAGGUGGCAUCAGAAAUGGAGCUUACGACAUGGGCUUGGCCUGUGGGUAAGGCGAGUCUUUUCACGAACUUCCCUUGCUAGUCUGUAACCUCAGUCACGUUCUCUUCACAGAUCAUAUAGUAUUUUAUCGAGUGAGGCAGCCGGUACAGAAGGGGGAGCUUUUUCCAUUCUGGCAUUUUAGGAAUGUAAAAACACCCUCCGUGUUUCAUGCUAGCAAUGGCAAAGCAAUGUUUGCACUAGACUAAAACACCCGAAUCCAUUAUGGAAACUUGUGGGUCUGAUGCAACUUCCACUUAAAUUUGAUUUAUAAUUUACUUAGGGCGGUUCUACUUAAUCCAAUUGACAUUCCUCCCCAUUGAAACUUGUGAUUUGAAGCCUGGCCUUAUAGGUGUUACGUUUCACUGUGUGUUUUAUGAAAAUCAGUAGGAUAGUCAGUAGCACAGAUAUCUUCCACCUGCUAAUCCUGUUCCUAGGAUUAAGUCCUAGGUUUUUCCAGGAUGUUGUAGAGCACAGGUUGCUAUUCAUUGGCUCUCAAGUACCUGUAGCAGUUCAUAGCAGGGAUAAUGAGUCUGUGUCGUCUUCCAAGUCAUGUGGCUACCAGUAGUAGUUUGUGAGACAGUCAACUUGCAGCACCUCUUUCCUCUCCCAUUAUUUCUGUGACUACCUGUUCAAACAGUCCCACAAUGGUAGCCUACAGAGAGAGUCUUCCAGAAAGCUAGAGGUAUCUGUGUAUCCUUCCAGCCUCCACUCAUUCCACAUGUGGUGUGGCUGAAGUUUUUUAGCAGUAACAGGCAGACGUUUUAAGUCCACGUGGUUUUACAACCUCUGUAAAAAACCAUUUAAGUCAGACUGCAAUAAACUUGCGUGCUCUUGAACUGUGUGCAUCUGUAUUGUGCACCGUGACUUGCAAGACGAAUGCCUCGCAAGACAAAAAACUCGCUAGACGAAAGGGUUUUUUGUUUUUUGAGCUGCUUCGCAAGACGAUUUUCGCUAUGGGCUUGCUUCGCAAGACGGAAACGUCUUGCAAGUUUGUUUCCUUUUCUUAACACCGUUAAUACAGUUGCGACUUGACUUCGAGGAGCAACUCAUAGAACGCAGUGUGGUAGCCUUUUUUGAGGUUUUUAAAGACUUUGGUGAUUUUUGAAGCUUUUCCAAAACUUUCCCGACACCGUGCUUCGCAAGACGAAAAAAAUCGCAAGACGACAAAACUCGUGGAACGAAUUAAUUUUGUCUUGCGAGGCACCACUGUAACUCUCUUCUUCAGUUCCACUUCUGUGAAAUGGCAGGCCUCACAGGAUGACUGGUUGUUACAGGGUCAAAACGCCCCUUAUGCUAGUGUAAGAGAUGAACCCAUGAAGCGCUGUACUCAAGCUCCUUAGGUUUUACUCUCUGAAAAUAAGUGUUGGGGUGAUCAAGUGGGUGUGGUAUUCAGACCUAGUGUAGUCCUCCUAGUCCUGAGCUUGCUGGUUGAGGUCAUUCUUCAGACUCAGUUUUCAGUCCAGUUUUGCAGGGCCUUUUGAAAGUGGGCUGCUUGCAUUCUUUGGAGGUCCAAGUGCUGCCACACACAAUUUCCUGAUUAUAGCAUAAAAGCCAUUCCUGUGGGAGGGGAUGUUUACAUGUUUCAGCUUUAUACUGCUUAGGAUCACACCCUUGUUAUAAUCUAGGCUUCGUAGCUUGGUCUUAAUUUUGCAAUGACAUGUGUUGCGAAAGCAUAGCUUGCAAAUGCUAGGCCAGAAAAAUGUAGGACAAAGGCUGAUCUGGGAUUCCGAAACUGAGCACUUUGACCUUCAGUUCCUGUUGAGCAGUGCAGGCCAAGAGUUGCCACUUGUGAGUGGCUUUGUAUUGAUUUCUCCGGGAAAGACUCGCUAAGCCCACUUUUAAAAACUAUGUAGAGAAUUGCUGUAGUUAACCUACCAGCCUCCCUGGCAACAUUGAUCUGUUGUUUAAUGCUAUCAAGAGUUUAAAGUGUAGCCAGGAACUGCUCUUGCAUCUGUACAGAUUUCAGAACUGUUGACUUGGCAGAUAUGCUGCCCUUACAAAUAAAAAGUGGUAGUUGAUUCUUGUGAGCUGUAAACCUUUUGGUAUCUUCUGGUCUGGGGCUGAAAACUGACACUGCAGACAUUAAAAACCUGCUCUUUGGAAAAUCCAUGGCUUCAUUGGGUGGCUUAUUAGUUUUGUGGAGGCUGUUUGGCAACCAACCUUGCGCCAUGGACUAUUCAGUCUGACUGCUAAGACUCUGGGCUGAUGGCUGUCAUAAAAUCAGGGUAUGAUGACAUGCACAGCUUCUCUUGCUAAACAUGUAUUUUAAGACUGCAUGUAGGAGCAUUUCAGAAAAUAAUGCAAACAGUCUACCAGCUGGUGCAGAGUAAGAUCUGAAGGCACCUAAGAUCUUUAAUGCUAUCCUUCAACACACUGUUGCUUGGGAAUGAUUUCAAUAGGAUACUUCAGAGUUAAUAUAAAUAUAACUGAGGCGUCACAGUCUUUUUCAGAGUUCUGACCUGGUAGCACAGGACAGCUUUCCUCAACCUGGUUGCUCCCCUGAUGUUUUGGACUUUGGCUCCCAUCAGGUCCAGCAAGAUUGUUUAAUGAGUCAGGGAUGUUAUGAGUUAUAGUCCAAAAUGUUUAGAGGGCACCAAUCCAAGGAAGGCUGGCAGAAAUUGAUACCGUUAGAGUGGAGAAGUAGCAUCUUAUACAUGUCUACCUGGAAGUAGUCCAGUUGAGUUCAGUGGGGUUUACUCUCUGGUAAGUGGGUAUAAGAUUGCUGCUUCAAGUGAUUUUUUCCAACAGGAAAAAUAUAUGUAGGCAGCGAGUUUAUAUUUUGGUUAUGUGCUCUCUUUAUUUACUGUAUUUUUCGCUCUAUAAGACGCACUUUCCCCCUCCUAAAUAGUAAGGGGAAAUGUGUGUGUGUCUUAUGGAGCGAAUGCAGGCUGUGCAGCUAUCCCUGAAGUCAGGAGAGUGAGAGGGAUCAGUGCACACCAAUCCCUCUCGCUCUCCUGGCUUCAGGGAUAGCCGCCGAAAGCCUCCAGAGCGCAGGGAUCGGUGCGCAGCGAUACCUCUUGCUGUUCUGACCGCCUUGCUGGAGAGGUGCUGCACAGAGAGGGAGAGCUGUGCAGUGCCCCUUCAGCAAAGCGGGAGCGGAAACAGAGCCCCUUCCAUUUCUCCUCCCACUUUACUGGAGAGCCGCUGCGCAGAGAGGGAGAGAAAUUUUUUUUCCCCUUAUUCUCCUCCUCUAAAACUAGGUGCGUCUUAUGGUCAGGUGUGUCUUACAGAGCGAAAAAUACGGUAAUUCUUUUUUAGCGUUCCUAUGAAAGCAGUUAGGUACUUGUCUCUUUUACUGAUCCCUAUAUGGUUCUUUCAUACAUAUGAUAUUUGCAAAAGCAUUUCUGUCUCUCUGUUUUCCCUCCAGAGUAGAAAGCAUGUCUCUGCGUACCGUCGGCAAUCCUGGGGACGUCAGUUCUCGUAUGAUGGACAACAGCAACGCCAGAGAUUGUCUUAUCCCAAUGGGGUAGGCGUUUUUAUCUCUUCUUAUGGUUUUAGGGGGGCUUUCUUGAUGCUACAAGUGAGUUUCUGAGAAAUUGUUAAUUGUCAGGUUCCUGGUAAAGCUGAUGAAUGAUGAAAGAGGCAAGUAAAAGGCAUACAGCAAACAUAACAGCAACUUGUGUACAGUAAAAAGUCAAAGUUUGCAUGGAAGUUAUGCAUUUUGUAUAAGUUGAGCAAACUCAUCUGUUUUGUACGUGCUUGCCACUGGAGUAAGUUGUUUAAAGAAAGCAAAGACAUGGUUGGUAUUUUCCCAACAUUUUGGCAACUAUGUUUAGGCUACUCCAGUUCUUCUUUUUGCUAUUGUUUUGUUGACUAUAAUUAUUUUAUUGCUGUGAUUUUUACUUGCAAUUUAAGAAUUUGUAUUGUUUUCAUUGCUUUAUGCAGACUGUUUUGAGGUCACUUUUGUUACAGAAAGCAGUACUAUAAAAGUGUUUAAUAAAUAUGUCUUCUUCAGCCAGUUGGUCUAUUUUCCCUCCCCACUUCUUUUGAUGUUUUUCAUUGGGCAUCGCUCACAUAUUUAUAAGCUUAGUCUAUGGACUGAAAACUUGCUUUUUUAGUAAUGAAAGUUGUGAUUCUUGGCGUGGCAGAUCCUGAACAUGCAUGAUUCUGGACCCCCUGGUUCUUUCGAAAGUCACAUUGGUUCCACUCUUCCUUCACUUUCCUUAGAGAGACAAAUAUGCUCUGAACCAGUGGAUUAAUCCACCUGAUAACUAAUCUUGUUUUUCAGAAUAACCUCAGAGAAUGUAGCCGAAAGGUUUAACGUCACCCGGAAAAAGCAAGAUGCCUUUGCCUUGGCUUCUCAGCAAAAGUAAGUGGUUGCUUUUCUCCUCCAGCUCCCAAAGAAAUGGACUUUGGUUCUUUCCCACUUAGAAGCUGCCUGCAUUCUGUGUCCUGCUUUCCACAGCCACUGCUUACGGUUCACCUGUGUCUAUGCAAACACCAGCAUCCCAAAGACAGAGCAGCUUACUGAAUCCAGCAUUUCUUAGUACAUUCGUACCUUGGAAGUCGAACGGAAUCUGUUCCCGAAGUCCAUUCGACUUACGAAAUGUUCAGAAACCAAAGCGUGGCUUCUGAUUGGCUGCAGGGAGCUCCUGCAGCCAACUGGAAGUUGUGGAAGCCCCGUCAGACGUUUGGCUUCCAAAAACCGUUCACAAACCGGAACCACUCACUUCCUAAGCUGUUCGAAAACCAUGGUAUGACUAUAUUAUGUGGCUGGGGAAACCCAGCCAGAUGGAUGGAUUAUAAAUAAUAAAUUAUUAUUAUUCUUAUUAUUAUGUUUUGGCUAAGACAGCAUUAAAUCAUGCUGUGUCAUUCCUACAAAAUGACCUGUUUGGUUCAGUGGUUUAUCCAGGUUGCCCUGAUUAUAUAACAUAGUGGCUCACAGCAGGGACUUUGCUUUUUGGUUGCGUUCCUAGUGCGUAGUUGGAGAAGUCGCUUCCAAGCCAAAUGCCCUUUAGAACUUGGCCUUCCUCCCAGGGAAUUCAAGGUUCAAGCCUUUCUCCUUGCCAUUGCGAUGGCACCACCAAUCAUAGCAGUUCGUGCAUUCACACCCUCCCUCUUGCUUGCUUGUGCCUGGGGGGCUAGUCCUGAUAUGCAUAGAGGGGAAAUAAUGUCUUCUUGCCCACCCCUUUCUCCUCAGUUUGACUUGUGCUCUGGUAGGAACUCCAGAAACUGCAUUCACACCAAUUCAUGCCAUUGGUCCUGCCAGCUCAGUAAUAGCUACAAUGAAUCUGGCGCUCUCGGGCUUCAAGCAUAGCUCUUUCCCAGCUGUCCCAUGGACUUGGUAGGGACCUGGGCUUUGCUGCUGAUCUAUGGCCUUUUCUGGUGUGUGUCAAACGUUGUGUAGCUUAGCUGGCUCGAUUCAUGCGGUGCUGCUUGCUCUGCAGGCACAGGAAUGCAGUGCACCUACUUUCCAAAUGAAAGAUAUUGUCGCUUGGGUUCUGCAGCUCGAUCUGACUGUGCCUUUGAGCCAGUUAAUUGAAGUCUUUCAGUUCUGCUUAGGAAGACAAAUGUUUUGUAUUUUGCCUGGCAUGAGCAGACGCUAUGGUGCUAGCUUUGGCUUGUAUGCAGAACAUGGAAGGCAGUAAUCUUAACGGAUCAGUCUUUGCUGCAGUGUAGGGCUGUAAAAGUUUGUAGACCUGUUUGUGUUUGUCUUAGGUUUGUGUUUGUCAUCCUGUCGGAUGGAAGAGCUUUGUGGAACCUGUGCAGGCUCGAAUGGUCAAGGAUCAUCUAAUAAAUUGCCAUAGUUUAGCAUCUCAAGUGCCAGUGUUUGAGACUAGGAAUAGAGUGUUUGUAUAAAGUCAGAUCUAUAAAGCCGUCUCACAUAAACAUCCUCACAAAACACCAUUGAAAUGAGUGGAAACCUUGCAGUCAAAUGGAAGGGGUCCCAGACCAGCAAACAUUGCUUGGACUCCUCUUAGAGCAAGCAUGGACAACAACUCCUGCUCCCUUCCUGUGCUAACAUAGGUGAUGUUAUUUAAAUGUCUUUCAUACAGCUUUAGGAGCACACAUUCUUAUUUUGUGCCUUCACCCUGUGCUUAGUACACAGCAAUGUUCUGAAAAAUGUGCAAAAAAGUACAUUUGUGCUUCCAGAGCAGCUCGAGCCCAGCAGAUGGGGUGGUUUAAAGAUGAGAUUGUCCCUGUCACCACCACCUUCACGGAUGACCAGGGCCAAGAGAAGACGAUCACUGUGCUCCAAGAUGAAGGGGUCAGGCCAAGCACCACGCUGGAGGGGUUGGCGAAGCUAAAGCCGGCCUUCAAGGAGAAUGGCACCACGACUGCUGGUAAGUACCAGGAGCAGAGGCCAAAUUAACAGGAGAUGAAGCAACUGGAGGCAUUUGUAACUUGUGCCAAGGAGUCUUCUCUAUUUGCAGUUAUGCACGUUGGUGAAACGUGCCAGUUCAGUCUCAUUGGUUUGGCUGUUAUUUACGUAAUGCUUAGUAGCUGCAAGAUGCAAAGUGCUGUUAACAGCAGAGGAAGAAAAACCUGUUUGAAAUAAUGAAGCCAGUGGUGACUUGCGUUUGGAAGGAGCCAUAGCUCAGUGGUGGAAUGCAUAAUUUACACUCUAGAGCAGGCAUUCCCAAACUUGGGUUUCCAGCUGUUUUGGGGCUACAACUCCCAUCAUCCCUAGUUAGCCGGACCAGUGGUCAGGGAUGAUGGGAAUUGUAGCUCAGAACAGCUGGACACCCCAGCAUCUCCAUCUUAAUAGGAAGGGCCACUGCCAGUCAGAGUAGACAAUACUGGGUUCUAUGGACAGAUCAUCUGACCUGGUAUAAAGCACCUUUCCACCCAUAAUAUGGACUAGGUUGUUUCUUUUAUUAUGUUUAAGGAAACAGAUAAAAUUGCUCUAAAAGGGUUAUUAACGGUGGAAGCUUGUGUGCGUGUUUGAAGCGGGGUUGUGGGAAAGAAAUAGUGAUACAUUAGAUGGGAAGGCAUAGGCAACAAUUCCUGAACAUUGCAGAGUUUUGCAGCCAAUGCAAUUCUCAGUCAGUAUCAGAUUCUAUACAAAAUAAAGAGACCAACUAAGUUUGUUAUUGGCGCUUUCGUCUGCAUGCACACUUUUUCAGAAGUGUGAAGAAGUGUGCAUGCACAUGAAAGCUCCAAUAACAAACUUAGUUGGUCUCUAAGGUGCUACUGGAAGGAAUUUUUUAAUUUUGUUUCGACUACGGCAGAACAACACAGCUACCUACCUGUAUCAGAUUCUAUGAUUCCCACAUUUGGAGGCCAGCAAAAAAAGAAGUAAACAGUAUAUUGAUCCUCUCUGAAGGCUGUUGGUUAGUUCUGCUCUGAAUAGCUGCCAGCAGCACUGGUCACAGUAGCUGCAAAUGAAUCCUGAUGUUGCUGGAUUUCUGUGUCAAAGAUCACCACUACAGGCAACAGAAACUCCUGUGACCACAUUAACUUAGGCCUGCAAAUGGCUGGGAACAGACAUAGUCUUAAUCUCCCCCCAACCUUUGGUAGAGUUGUGUCAUAACUAACAGGUUUGUGCUGGGCUUGCCAGCAUUCUGUGUAACUAAACUUGCCUCACAGUGCUGAAACCUUGCCCUGGCGUGGGAAAUCUCUCGCCACAGGUAAUUCCAGCCAAGUUAGUGACGGUGCUGCUGCGGUUCUCCUGGCCAGACGUUCCAGAGCUUCCCAGCUGGGCCUUCCCAUCCUCGGGGUGCUGAGGUCGUGUGCAAUCGUUGGCGUUCCACCUGAUGUCAUGGGCAUAGGACCAGCCUAUGCCAUUCCAGUGGCGUUGGAAAAGGCUGGUAAGUUAACCUCGGGCCAGGGGAUGCCAGCCUUUUAGGACCAAUGGGCACAUUUUGGAUUUUGAGUAAGUGCUGUGGGUACCAGUCACAAAAGGGCUGCCAUGGAGCAUGGCAUGAUAAACAAAAUGGAGAGGGUAUGGUUUUUGCCGCUGUCCACCCCCCACCCAGAAAACCCGAGGCUUACAGUAGGAAGUCCACUAUGUCCUACCGGUGGGGAUCACAAAUAUUAAUUUCAUCAACACAAACUGUGAUGCCACUGAUACCUAGUAACAGGGAGAAUUUACCAGUAGCAGGAAAAAUACAGAAGGUGACUGUUCUUCACUCACUCUCGUGCACAUACCUCACACACACAAACAAACCACGGACACACAAGCAUCUCUAACUCUUGCACAGACACUUCAGAUAUUUCUCCCUCUUUCUGCCCAAGUUCAUUUUCUCUCCCCCUCUCUCUCCCACCCUAUAUUCAUAUUUCCCUCCCAUAUCUUGGGGGGAUGAGUCAAACACUGAAAGGGUGGAGCAGGCUAAUUUCACAAUGAAUUGCAACAGUGGUGUUACGAAUAUUAACUGGAAAGGUUUACUUUGGCAUCUUCUCUCUCUCUAACCUGCAGGUUUGACUGUGAAAGAUAUUGACGUAUUUGAAAUCAACGAGGCCUUUGCUAGUCAGGUGAGAUUUGCCCAUUCUGUUCCACUUCAUUUUUAGGGUGGGGUAGGGAGAAGCCCUUUUCUCUGUAUUGGGACCAAAUGGAUUUAGGUUUUUCCAGAGGUGAUGGACUUAGGUGAAAGCAAAAGGGCUCAUUACUUCUCUUGCAAUGCAUCUGUAUUAAAAGCAUCUUGGAUAGAUGAAAAAUGCAAAAAAAGGGCUUUCUAGUCGCAAUAAUUAAGAGGUAGACCGCAUUUAAGGUUCUUGUAGCCCCUGGAUAAUGGGCGUCCAGUCCCUCAGGCCCACACAUAACAGUUCCUGUAUGCCCCAUUCUACACACAGCCUGGGCUGAAAACGUGUGCACCUAUCCUUUAUCAGGCUAUUCGUUCUUCCUUGCAGCCUCCCCUGCCAUGGUCUCCCUUGAUCUUACCCAACCGAUUUGGCUUGAACUGGACUACGGGGCUUUAAGCAGUAGCGUUUCAGGGAUGUGUGAAACCAGUUUGCACAGCGUUGCUGCAAUUCAUCCACCCUUCCCCAUGGAACCCUUUUCAAGGCCCUGGAAGUGGCAGAGGCAGCAGCAGCAGCACUGUGAUGAGGGUGCAAGAAUGGGUUUCACGCAAGAGCUCUUUGCUGCCGUCAGAGUUUUAAUUGAAGGUCCACCUUCAGCAGGGACGCGGGUGGCGCUGUGGGUAAAACCUCAGCGCCUAGGACUUGCCGAUCGCAUGGUCGGCGGUUCGAAUCCCCGCAGUGGGGUGAGCUCCCGUCGUUCAGUCCCAGCUCCUGCCCACCUAGCAGUUUGAAAGCACCCCUAAGUGCAAGUAGAUAAAUAGGUACCGCUUUAUAGCGGGAAGGUAAACGGCGUUUCCGUGUGCUGCGCUGGUGCCGGCUCGCCAGAGCAGCUUCGUCACGCUGGGCACGUGACCCGGAAGUGUCUGAGGACAGCGCUGGCUCCUGGCCUCUAGAAUGAGAUGAGCGCACAACCCUAGAGUCUGUCAAGACUGGCCCGUACGGGCAGGGGUACCUUUACCUUUACCUUUACCACCUUCAGCAUUGGGAACUGAACAUCCUACUUCCAAUUAAACAUGCUCCCCACUUUUAAUAUUGUUAAUUUGCACCAGGACUUGCAAGAAGAAGAAUACCGUUCCCUGUGGUGUUCACUUGGCAAAUGAAAGGAGGAGUUGGACAGAACCCACAUUCCCCUUCUCCCAGCUUUCUGUUUUGAGGAGACUGUGGAAUUGCUUAGUAGCAGCUGGUCCUCUAAGUCGGGAGCUUCUUGGAACUGCAUUUAUUUUUGCCACUCCAGGGAUGUUUCUCCUAGUCGGGCUGGAGGAAUAGGGUUAGAGCGUCCCUUCCUCACCACUCCUUGCACAUCCCUCCCAAAGCUUCGAUAUUUAUAAUGUGUGAGUAGUAGAAAUCCAGCACAUACCAUAGGGGUGCUCAUAUUCCUUGGCCAUGCGUUUAUUCAGGUAAUUCUCGUGUUCACCUAGCUUGCUUCGUUAUAUGCAGAGACGGAGAAAACAGGAAGAGGCGACUUGCGUAACUCUAUUCAGUUGCUUUAAAAUGUUGAAUCUCCUUAAGAAGUCUUAAGGUGGGAGAUUCAGAUGUUGAGACCCCUGGCUAAGUGGAGGUAACACUGACUGGUGUUUCUGCAGGCUGUCUACUGUGUGGAGAAGCUUGGCAUCCCCAUGGAGAAGGUCAAUCCCCUUGGUGGGGCCAUUGCUUUGGGGCACCCUCUGGGCUGCACUGGGGCACGGCAGGUGGUCACUCUGCUCAACGAGCUGAAGCGUAGGGGGAAGAGGUGAGUGUGGAGUCACUUGCAUUAACUCUUAACUUUGAAGUAUGUAUUGAUGCUGCAUGUUGCUAAAGAAAGACGUACUUUUUUAUGCCCCUGGUGCUGGAGGGGUUUGUGUAGGUGGUUUCCCAACUGGUGAAACUUGUUCAGGAGUUACAACUAUCGCAAAGCUUUCUUACGCAAGUUCUAACUGGCAGGAAGAAAUGUAAGACACAUCAAAGGACUUUGUUAUUGCAUGUGUCAACAGUUUGUGGAGCUGUUGGUGUUAGUGCCUUUUGGGGCAGACUUUUUGAUUGGUCCCUGCCACUUCUCCUUAAACUUGCAAUCCAAGUGUACUGUUAGGUUCUACUGCAGUAAACACCUAUUUCUCUCUCCCUCCCCAAAUCUCAGUAACUGAAAUGAUUUUGAAAGCAACUUCCCCCAAUCUUUGGAUAGCCAAGAUGUGCAUGCUCUAGUUUUCUCUCGUACACUGCUUUGGGUAUGUCCAAGCAGUAAAUCAUACAGAGACACAUCAGGCAGCCUCUGGGCUGAGUACUUCUGAAUAAAUCUAGCUCUUGCAGCACACAGUUUAGGAAUAUUGGGCUGAAGUAUCUCAGGUGGCAGGAACUGCAUUCAGCUGCCAUUGUGCCACUUAUUCCAGUUGUCACGUAGGGCAGAAGAGUUAGCUGGUUUUAGUCUGUGUUGCAAAUUCUGACCUGUGUGACCAUGAAUCGGAGUAUGAGUUCAAAAGUAGUCAGUUUCUAAAACCAUGUCCGAUGAAACUAGAGAAUGCAAACAGAGUUAGGCACUAACUUGUGUCCUUCUUUCAGAGGAUAUGGCGUGGUCUCCAUGUGCAUUGGAACAGGGAUGGGAGCAGCUGCGGUGUUCGAGUACCCUGGAAAGUGAACAGAACUCUGGCCUGCUUAACAGCUGGAAGUUUCCAGCACCUCCCCCCAAAUGAUUCAUGAAUCGGUCCAAUGAAAAGAUGCUCAGGUAGCCUGCAGGUGGGAUACAUGCCACAGCGCUCUAGUUCAGUCGUCCCUCUUUGCAGCCUUCCAGCUAAAUCUUGCACAGGGAUGGCAUGACAAGAGAGGCUUUGGGUAGGCAGGAUGGGACUCAGUGUCAUAAAUCUUGACCUGUGCGGCAGAACAAGUUGAGUACCCAUUCCUGAGGGGAAUUCUGCCUAAAGGGACUAAUUAUGUAUUUGGGAGCAGGCUCCAGUAGCACUGGCUUCUUCAGUUAGCCAGCCUAACUCUGCGACACAAGCAUCAGUCAGUAGAGGUCCUCUUAGGACUGACUGAUAAAAGGUACAGGUUGAUAUAGCACUGUUGAAACAGAGGAGGGCUGUGGCUUUCCUUUCCUUAGGGAACGUCUACGGGAAGGUGACUUAAUAAUUAGAGUUCAAAAGCUUACUUUUGGUGGCUCCAAGUGCCCCCCCCAAUAUGCUAAUACAGUGGUACCUCGGGUUAAGAGCUUAAUUCGUUCCAGAGGUCCGUACUUAACCUGAAACUGUUCUUAACCAGAAGCACCGCUUUAGCUAAUGGGGCCUCCCACUGCUGCCGGAGCACGAUUUCUGUUCUCAUCCUGAAGCAAAGUUCUUAACCUGAAGCACUAUUUCUGGGUUAGCAGAGUCUUCAACCUGAAGCGUAUGUAACCCGAGGUACCACUGUAACUCCUAAAACAUUCCUGCCAAUAUUAUGCCAGGUCAGAAGUUUACACUGAUCAUUAAGGAUUUUAACCAAUUAAUGAAAUUUCAUUAAUGAAAACCUCAGUAUGGCUGCCUUUGCGAGACACCUAGUGUCAGAACCUGCGCCUUUAAUAGCAACUAAAUAAUAAAGUUUUCUAAUAACUACUGUUUUCUAGUCCUGAUUUAUAAAAAUGCAACAGCUCGCCUCUCUUAGGAUCUUACUAACAUUCUGUUUUAAAUUUGAAGGCUCGGCUUCUUAGUUCAGAAAUCAAGCCUUCACACUCAAGUCAACAGAAAUAAUGGCCUUUUAUUUUCUACUAUACAUCACCAAAAACCAGGUAAACCUACUGGAAAACUGGUUGGGCACUUUACGUUUUGCGCAUUUCUUCAUACUUCUCAUCAUACGAUCCUUUUCCCCGGACGUAGAGCAGGCAGGGUGCCUCUCCCAGCAUCCCAACAACUGUGAUUAUGGUUUGAUAUUCCACAUCCUCCCUGUUUAAAGGGAAAGAAACACAAUCCAGGAAGGCGGGUGGAAGCCUGCUAGUCUUAGAGCUGCCUACUAGUGGCGAUGUCACGCCACGUACAUUUAAACUCCUCUCCCAGAGGGAUUUCCAGCCACAGACACUGAUGGCAGCAUGCGAGCAAGCCCUGAAUGUAUGCAGUUACUCUAUACUUUGGAAGGUAGAAGUAGCAGGAUCAAGCUCUUGCUUACUUAAUUUAUGUGGUACUCUGCCAGUUAAAAUCUUGCAACUGUAUGCUAGCUGUGUUGCACUCCUGAUUUUAAACCCCCCAUGCCCAAGUGGAUAAAGAAAACUUGCUGCUGUAUCUGCCUCAAGUCUUUUAGGGCAGCGCUAACUCACCCUCCAGCCUUCCAGAGGUUGCUGGAAACUGGACUUCAGAAUCCAACAUCUGGAGGGGGCAAAGGUUAGUAACCCUUGUUUUGGGAGGUUACUGGAAGUGGUGAAUUUAGCUUUAUAAUGUGCCCUAAUUCUAGCUCCUUGACACAAUUUAUAUUUAAUACGCAAGUAUUGCUCUCUGAGCUAGAGAGCCCAUCUGCCCUAAGAUACUUCUGCAGCUACUGCUUUCUUGUACACUGAAGACUCAUAGGUUACCCUUUUGUAUGGAAAACAGGUCUGCUCCAGCUACCUCCCCACUGUCAGUGUGAACUGCAAAAGUUAUCAGAGGAGGCGCUUAGGAAUGCAGUCACUGCAGCCAAUACACAAGGAAACAUGGUUUCAUAAAGCCCCCCUAAUUUACCAACAGGUUGGCAGCUUUGGUGGUAACCCUACAAAAGCCAUGCAGAACAUUAACUCGCUUCAUGUCCUACCUUGGGGUGAAGCGAACCACCAGAAGUGUUUUGGUAGGCACGCUACUUUGAUGUGCUUCAAGAACGCCGUUAUUUGGGGAGAUGGAAAACACUUCAGGUUCUUUGUGCCGCUCAUUUUUAUCUGUAAGAGGAAGUGAAAGAGCAAAAGGUAUAUUGACAUUCUUAAUGAAAAGAAAGCCUCACUAACGUCUACUCGCAUCUUUACCAGUUGAAUAAAAUGGCCACUCGGCUUCUGAGAAAGUUGCUAACAGUUGUCCUGGCUUCCAGUCUACUGAAUUCAUUACUCUAAUUUAUCCAAAAUUGUUUUGAAAAUACACUGCAGUUUGCAAAUGUGUGUCCUUCAUUCUAAUGCACCAUUAACACAAUGAGCUCCCACCUUUUUUUGGCAGAAAGGAGAUCUACACAUGUUCUAAAUUAAACAGAUUCUAUGAUUUUGUUAAAAAAUAAAUGGACAUUCUCACAAUGCAGCUUCCAAGCAUAUGAGCCUUCUUAACAGAGUGGGAGAUGUCAACCUCCCAAUUUCUCUUACCUAGCAAAGCUGUCCAGUAGCUCCUGCAUCCACUUGUAUUCAUCACAAGGACAGCUUCGGACCUCGUUUGAUUAACAAGGCAGAUUUCAAAAUCAAUCGUGUCACAAGAGAGCCCAAGUACUGGGACAGUGAGGUAUGCAGCCAUGGGCAGUGCCUGCAAAGGUAUAAAACAGGGCAAGAGCCUUUGAUAAAGGAGGAAUUGUGCAUUGACAAGGCAAAGCAGACUGGGAAGACGAUAGGCCAGAGCUGAUCUAUGGUAAUUGCCCAUAUACAUAAGAUGUUAAGCUAGCUUGGUGCAAGCAUCCCAGAGCAUUUCUAGUGCAGCUUCUAGGUGUGGACACCAGAUCUCUUUGGAUGCUUAAAAAAUAACAGCUAAAAUUCUGGGGGUGAGUUGUGGGAUUACACACACUCUCCCCUGUCUAAGUAUAACUCUCCCAAGCUGGGUAAGCAUUUCUGCCAGCGCCAGUGGUUAACCAGGAUCCAACCUACCCAUAAAGUACAUUCAGAUGGACCUCCACACAGGAGCCAGUGUUUUCUGCGGUUUUGUUUGUUUCUGCUGCAGGGUAAGAGCAGAAAUCUUAAGAUUGCUGCUCUGGGCAACAGCUUCCUAACCGCCAAUCGGCUCUACGCACAACCAGACACUGCUGCGGUCAGGGAGACCUUGUUGCUCUUGCAAUUCAGUUUGGCAGUCCAUAUUUCUGGCCAAAAAAAGAAGUGGGUACGGCAAGGAAGACAUGUCUGCUCAGCCACCCACCCCUCUUAAAGAUCAAACUUGUACUUAAAAACUAAUAAGCUUUGGAAGACUAGUAACUGGUCUGGGGGUUAAUAAAUCUGUCCUGCCAAAGGUUGUGUAUAAAAUAACUUUAAAAUAUGAAAGAAGGUUGCAACAAUAUGUGGUAAAGUGGGCUUAAGCAGGUAGAGGCAGUAAAUCAAUAUAUUCCCAUACUUGCAUUGGCAUAUUUCAAAGUACAGGUGAUAAGCAAAAUGUGUGUAAGUGGGUAGCCCUGUUGCAGUAAAUACAGCUUCUUGCCCAACAGCAGCUGACCAGGGUAGCUCCCAUAUGCCAUUGUGAAGCCCUUGCGAGUCUUUUUUUCUGGACUUUUGGCUCACUGACAUCAAUCUGCAUACCUGGGUUGCUUUGUUACUGUAUUCAAUGAUGAGAUUUUGCUUAAACUCUAGGAUUUUGUCUCCGUUCUCAAGCUGUAGCACUUGAAGCCCAGGCAGGAACUGGUCUUCCGGGAGAUGUUGGUAGGUUAGUAACUCCAGAGAUGUGUGGAAUGACACCUUUACCUGUGUGUAAGCCAGGCCAAAUAUGUUAAUGACAGAACCAUGUUUGCAGGAAAAAUGAUGUGCUGUACAUUAUUAUUAUUAUUAAAAUUUGUAUACUGCCCUAU